AUGCAGGCGAACCAAGCCCUUCGUCGCCUCCUGAAUGGCAAGGAUGUCGCUGAUGUUUCAGGAUGGGCUCACCGCGUGACUGAAAAGUACCCCUUAACGGCUCCGCUGCACUUUCAACGCCAGCCUACUUGCCCUUCCCCGCCCCCCACACAAGCGAAUACCAAAAUAGAGAGGUCCCUCUGCAGCAGCUCAACUGCAGCGCAGGAUGGCUGCCUUUUGGAAGCACUAACUUACUUUUUUUACCGCCUCACGGGGCCAGAAAGGAACGCUGAAAUCCGAGAUGAGGACAACCCAGUGGUCAGCACGAAUCAGUUCGUGUUUCCCCACGACAUCAAUACGACGGACGCAGACGCGGUGAAAUACGUCAUCAACUUGAUCGGCGACAUGCACGAGCCUCUGCACUGGGGAUCCGCAGAAGAUGAUUUUGGCCGGAUGAUUCAAAGUACGUGCAAAAGCAAGGUUCCGCUGCCGCCUCUUGAGUAUGAGAUCGAGGGCACGCGCGAGAAGCGCCGCACCAAUCUGUAUCAAUUUAUUGAGGGAGCGUUCGUCAAUAAGAUCAUGGGCGAGAGGCAAACUUUCUGGUAUUCAGGAUGGACGCACGUAAACUCCGUGAAGCCCUUCUACGAGGAGGAAAAGACAGUCUUUGCAGCGAGGAAAGAAGCCUACUUUUUGUCAUGGGCAAGGGAGAACCGGGCACUCCUCUGCUCCGAGAUUUAUCCAUUAGUUAAGCGGAUGGUGAAGAAGAAGGGCGAGCCGAAUGUCUAUGUGUUGGAUAGAACCUCGGAGUUUCUUUUCUUUGAUAUAAUCAAGAAGCGGAUUCUCGUCGCCGGCGCAAGAAUUGCAGUUGUGAUGAACCACAUCCUUCAAGUUAGAGGACUAGACGAAGGGCUUGGCCAGUUGCGCGCCGGUAGUGGAAUGCAGGACGUUCCCCUCACAUCCCGUUCCGCAAAGGCGCCGGACGGAGCAGAGUUGGAGGCGAAGGCCAACUGA